UUUACAUUGAUGUCAUGAGGAUAAACCGGUUUCAUCUUGAUAAACAAGAAACACUUAAGUUUCUAAUAAAAUCAUUGAUUCUAAUUAACUAAUUAAAUCUCUUGAAGAGAAGAAGAGAUAAUCUUGAAGAUGAAUUGAGAAAAAAAUAAUCUAUUCCAACACUAAAGAGUAAAAAAUUUCCGUCAACAAUUAAGAUAUUAGAUAUUUUCUCUUUUGUAACCUUUGUUGUUGUUGUUCAACCUUUAGGUUUCCAUCAAGAUGCUGUCUAGACUUUCAACUUAUCGUAUUCUAUUACAACAAAGAUCUAUAACCACAAGUUACCAAAGAAAACAAGUGGACACAAAAAGGAUAAUUGAAUUUUUCAAAGAUUGGAAUGACCCUCAAACUUUCAUCAAAACCCUUCUACCCGGUCUUGCAAUCAGUGGAUUUUAUGCUUUCUGGUUAUCAAUAGGAUUGGAUGCUGACCACACACCCGAUAAUUAUAAUAAUAAUAAGUAAAAUGUUGCCCCUGAUGAUUUAGAAAGCAAAUUAUAUUAUACAAACAACAAUAAUGUUAUAAGGAGUUGAAAAGAAAAACAAAAAGUAUUGACUUUGUACUCGAUGUAAAAAUAUUUAGCUUAAAGAUUGAUCAAUUGAAGAAAUUAAAAAAGAGACAAGCCAAUCACUUAAUUUAGAUUGUAAAAUGUUAAUGUUGAUACUCUUCAUCAAAUUUGAUAUUCUUUGCCUCAUGAUUAUCGCUAACCUACUUUAUCCUUCCCUUAAGGUGAAAACAAGUUGAGUGAGAGGGGAAAAUGAGAGAGAAUGAGAGAGAACAGUUGAAAAAUGAAUUAAGAUGAAAGAAGGAAGAUGAUGAUAAGAGAGAGAAAAGGAAGAUAAGAAAGGGAGAAGAAAAAAUUAGAGAACGUUGUUAAUCACGAGUAUCAAGUUCUGAGUUCAUUCGGUGUUCAGAUCUCAAUUCGAUGUUACCGUUAGAAGUGAAUUCACAAUUAAGUUAAUCAAAUUUUCUUAAACUUUGAAAAAAUUUCGAUACCCAUGUGGAUACUAUGAUCGUAAUUAAAUUGUUCCUAAUCAUUUGAUUCUCAUCAACUUCCAACGAAUGCAAACAAGUUACAAAUUGUGAUAGAAAACAAUUGGAUCAAUAAUCAUCUCACCUUUAAAUCAACUAAUUUUAGUCUCUCUUCCUGAUUAAAUAAUUUGGAUAAAAGUGUAAUUAGUGUUGACGAAUCAACUAAUAUAUUGGAUACAAUUUUCGUUAAUUGUUUCACUUUGGUCUUUCUAGUGCUCAACUAAUUGUGAUUGUGAAUCUAUCUCUUGAUUGUUUUCUUCUCCUUCCUAAUUGUGAUUAACUGUGCUUCCAAAAUGUUCCAAUCAUUUUUAAUUCAUCUAAUUGUUACAAUAACAAUAAUCUCAUCUUCUAAUCUAGUUAAUUGUGAUAUUUUCUCAUCAACUGCUCACCUACGGAGUUUAAUGUAUCUUGAACGUCAUUUAAUUUCAUCACUAAAUGAUUAUGUAGCCCAAACUCAAGCUAAAUUAAAUACAGUUAGAGGGUACCUGGAUGAGUUUUCUCGAACUGCUGGUUUACCUGAGCUUCGAGGUAAAGAUUCAACCGAUGAGAUUAUCGGUAAUCCGAUUCAAGCUUUUCAAUUAGUUAAACGAUUAACAAUUGAUUGGGAAGGACUUCAAUCAAAAAUGUCCAUCAAUGAAUGGAAACCUGUUGAGAAACUGGUUACCGACUAUUCUGAUCUAUUACCAACCAAAGAUGAUCUUCGAGGAGCCGCUCUUGCCCUUGUCCGAUUGACCGAUACUUACAGACUCAAUAUGAGCGAUAUCGCCCGAGGCCGUAUACUAGAUCUGCCAACAAAAGUCCACCUAACAAGUCGAGAUUGUUUGUAUCUGGGUAAACACUCAUUCAACAACGGCUACUAUGGUCAAGCCUUGGAUUGGUUUGAAGAGGCCUUGCGAAAGGCCCAUCGGGAAGGAAACAAAACGGCCCCAGUUGAGGAGAUUAUACCUUUCUACAACAUGGCGAUUCAAAUUCAUGAUGAACUAUCUCCUACCUAUUGGACCAACUUCUCAAUGAUUCUGAAUAAUUCAAAGCCACCUCACACCAUGCGAUUCCUUGAUGGCGACAAUGAUGAUUAUCGUAAUUACCAGGAGCUUUGUAGAGGUGAAGUUUUCAGGACUCCCGCUGAAACUAAAGAUUUAAAUUGUUACUAUUCAAACAUGGGAAGUAAAUGGUUGAUACUUCAGCCCGUUAAAGUUGAAGUUUUCUAUCGGGUUCCGUUCAUCGCCAUGUUUCAUGAUCUUCUUACUGAUUCUGAAUCGGACACAAUUAGGGAAAUGGCAGCUCCAGCAUUGACCCGAGCUAAGGUUCAAACGGACAAUUUUAAAGAGGACGAAAUUUCCGAUACUCGAACAAGUCAAACAACUUGGUUCUCAGAGGACGACGAUGAGCUGAUCGACAGAAUCAAUCGCCGAGUAUCUGAAGUCACUGGUCUAUCAACAAAAAUGAACGAAAGUCACUCUGAACUGAUGCAGGUCGCUAACUACGGAAUGGGCGGACAUUAUACUCCACAUUAUGAUUACCUGAUUGUUGACCGACCCCCUGAAGAGCGGCACUUAGUCCCAGAGAGAGAGGCUUAUGCUGGUGACCGAACGGCAACAUUAAUGUUUUAUUUAAGCGAUGUCCAGAAAGGCGGUGGAACAGUUUUCCCUCGGCUUGGUGUUAGCCUCAAACCACGGAAAAACUCAGCGGCCUUUUGGUACAAUUUACAAUACAACGGCGAAGCUUAUGAAAACACCAUGCACGGAGCUUGUCCAGUCCUUGUAGGGGAGAAAUGGGUUGCUAAUCAUUGGAUUCGAGAAAUUGGUCAAGCUUUCAGAAGGAAAUGUAAAUUGAAUCCAGAUGAAUGAAAGACAAUUAACUUGAUUGAAUAAACUUUAAUCUUAAUCAAUUCAUUUCGUUUUAAUUUUACUGUUUUAUUGUAAAUUUGUUAUUUUUCUCAUUCAAAUGUUGUAAAUACAAAUAGAAAAAAAGAUUGUAAAUAAAAAUUCUGUUAAUCAGUGA